AAUCUAAGAAAAAAGAAAAAUCACGUCUUCUAGAUGUACUCGUUUUUUAAUUUUAUGUGUAUGAAUAUUUUGCCUACACGUAUGUAUGUACACCACAUGCGUGCCUGGUGCACGAGGAGGCACCAUCCCUGUUGCUGUUGAGAUGGAGCAGCCCACUAAUCCUACUAACGACCAAGCCAAAGAGGAAGAUAAUGCUGUGUGUCUUUGUCCAGCAAAACCCUCCCCCAGUUAUAUCAAUCUUCAAGCAAAUUCCCCGCCGGCCACUUUCUUGAACAUCCAGACAACAAAGCUGCCUUCAGGAGCUGGCCAGAAGCCCAAAGAAUGCCUAGGACUCCUAGAAUGUAUGUAUGCCAACCUCCAGCUUCAGACUCAGCUUGCCCAACAACAGAUGGCUAUUUUAGAAAACUUGCAAGCAUCUCUAUCACAACUGGGCCCUGGGAGGGAAAGCAACAAUGGUUCUCUACCAGCGUUGUGUUGCAAACUGUUGUUUAAUCACCUGCCCCAAUUCCAUAAAUGAACUGUGGAACAAA